AUGGACCUAAAUAAUUCAUUUGUUAAUAUGAAGGAUGUUAUGAAUAUCCCUAUACAAAUUGAAGGCAAGGAUGGAGAUAAUAAAAUUAAUAAGAUGAACGAUAAUAUAUUAAAUUUUGAUUGUUCAUAUGAAAACAUUUUAAAUAAUGAUAUUGAAAGACCACAAGAAAUAGAUUGUGGUAUGUCAUGUACAAGUUCUUUUAUUGAUAAUAAUGAAAAAAUAAUUAAUGAUAAUUAUAUUGAUAAUAAUUAUAAAGACUUAAAUAUGUGCCAAGGGGAGAAUGAAGAUAUUAAUAAUAUGAAAAUUGAAAGGAAGGAUAUAAUAAAUAUCCCUGACAUUUAUUGUAAAAAUAAUUAUAAUAAUAUGUAUAAUGCCUUAAAUCUUUCUUUUAAAAAAAAUAAUGAUCAAAUAUAUAUGAGCAAAUUAGGAAAUAUAAAUGAGAAUAAUAAUGAGGAUAAUAGUAAUACGAAUUAUAUGUUAAAUGAUAACAAUUUAAUUUUAAAUGAAGGAAAUAUAAUUAUAAAAAAUAUGUAUCCUGUGAAUAUGGAUCAUCAUAAUGUAUGUUCAGAAAUGCAUGAUGAUAAUGAUAAGGUGGAGAAUUCAUUUGUGCCUAAAGAAAUUUUUUCAAAUGAUAAUUUUAUUUAUGGAGAAUCAAUUAAUAUGAAUGAUAUGAAUGAUAUGGAUAAUAUGAAUAAUAUAAACAAUAUGAAUAAUAUAAACAAUAUGAAUAAUAUGGAUAACAUAAACAAUAUGAAUAAUUUGAAUAAUUUGAAUAAUUUGAAUAAUUCAAAUUGUGUGCACCCAUUAAAUGCACCUCCCAGAAAAAACAUAAACACAAAAGAUGCAAAAGAUGAAUUCUUCAAUAAUGAAAAUGUGGAAUGUGUCAGCAAAAGCACGACAUAUAUAUUAAAUAUAGGGGAGAACGGUAGUACAUGUAUAAACGAUAUAAUAUCUAAUAGUAAUAAUUCAACAAUCGAAGGAAGUAAACAGAAUAAAAAUAAAGAAGACAAAGAAAAAGAAAGAGAAAAGGAACACACACAACAUAAUAUCAAUGAAAAGAAUCAAGAAAAUGAUGAAAUAGGAUAUAUUAAUAAAAAUAAUAUGAAAAAUAUAAUGUCUGAGAAUGAUAAUUCAAAUAAAGAGAAUCAUCCUUAUAAUCUAGAACAUAAUGAAAUAUAUAAAUCUAUGGAAAAUGAAAUUAUAAAUUAUAAACAUAUAAUAUUUCGAUUAAAGUGUGAAGUUCAAAUAAAAAAUAGCUAUUUAGAAAAUGAGAAAAAAAAAAAUGAGGAAUAUGAAAAAAUAAUAGAGAAUUAUAUAAGUGACCUAAAUAAAAAUAAUAAUAAUAAUAAUAAUAAUAAUAAUAAUAGUAGUAGUAGUAGUAAUACUUAUAGUAAUAUACCCUUGCAGAAUAAUUUAUCUGGGGGUGAGUCAUUAAACAUUAUUGAAGUUGAAAAUAAACAACUGAAACAUGCAUUGUUAUUAAAAAGCAGUGAAAUUAUCGAAUUAAAUAAUGUCAUAAACAAUUUGAAGAAUCAGAAAAUGAUUUUUUUGAAUCAACUAGAAAAUGAAUUAGAUAUGAGCAUAAAAAAAGAAACAGAAUAUUCAUUUCUAUUACAAUCACAAACAAAACGCUUACAUGCAGCUAAUACAUUUAUAGAAAAACAAGCUAACCAAAUUGUUGAGUUAAAGAAAGAUAUAGAAAAUUUAGAAAAUACAUAUAAUAUGAAUUUAAAAAGAAAUGAAAAACAAAUUAAAGAAUUAUUAAAAGAGAAAGAAGAAUUUCUUGAAAUAACAAAAGAAUUAGAAAUUAUUAAUAUAGAUAAUGUAAAGAAAAAAGAAGAAAUACAAAAAUAUAAAGAGAAAUGUUCAAAUUUAACAGAUGAAUUAAAUGAAUUAUUAAGAAUUAUAUCUAUUAAUCAGCAUGAUAAAAUAGAUACAUUUAAAUAUCAUAAUUUUUAUGAAAAUGUAAAUAUGGAUAUGUCAUAUAAUAAUAUGGAUGAAAGUAUAGAACAAGGUUAUUAUUAUUUUGAAAAAGAAAAAAAUCAUAAGAUAGAACCUAAUAAUGAUAAACAUACAAAUAAUGAAAAUAUUUUAACAAUACAAUUAAAAAGAUUAAUUGAUGAAAAUGAUAUAUUAAAAAAACAAUAUGAAGAAUUAAAUAAUGAAAAAAUACAAAUUGUAGAAGAAUUAGAAUUAAAAAAUAUUAUAAUUAAUAAAAAAAAUGAAAAUUAUACUUCACUUCUAGAUAAAUAUAAUAUAUUAGAAAAAGACUUUGAGCAUAUACAUAAUUUAUGUAUUCAUUUUGAAGAAAAAUUUAAACAAGAAUGUAUUCAUAAUAAUAAUAUAAAUAAUAAUAAUAUAAAUAAUAAUAAUAAUAAUAAUAAUAUAAAUAAUAUAUCAUUCGAUAAAAUGAAUAGUUUCUUAAACAAAAGUAAUUUCUCAUUAAGUGAAUUAGAUAUAAAUCAUAGUCAACAAAGUGAACAUAAUAUUAAUCAUUAUAAAAUUUAUUGUUCAGAAUUAAAAUUAGAAAAUGAAUCCUUAAAAAAAAUUGUAGAGAAAUUAAAAAUAAAAAAUAAUAAACUCUCAAAAAAUAUGGAAUAUUUAUUGAAUGAUUUAAUACAAACAGAAGGAAUGAAUGAAGAAAAUAUACAAAUACACAAAAAUAUAAUAAAUUCUCAAAAUCAAAAUAUAAUAAAUUCUCAAAAUCAAAAUAUAAUAAAUUCUCAAAAUCAAAAUAAUAUAAAUUCUCAACAUAGUCCUUAUAUGGAUAAUACACACAUAACAAAUGUUUAUGAUAAUAAUCAUAAAGAUGAUAAUUUCAUGAAAGAAACUGAAAAGAAAUAUUCAUAUAAACAAGAAAAUAAGACAUAUGAUGAAACAAUUGAUAUAUUACAAAGGGGUGUUAAAGAUAAUUCAAUUGUAACAACAGAUCAUAUCAAAAAAGAUAAUAUAAAAAUAGAUAAUAUAAAAAAGGACUUUUAUUGUCAAACAGAAGAAAAUAUUAUAUCAUCUGACAAAAAAGACGCUGAUUGUCAAACAACAAAUAUUAUAUCAUCUGACAAAAAAGACGCUGAUUGUCAAACAACAAAUAUUAUAUCAUCUGACAAAAAAGAUUCUGAUUGCCAAACGACAAAUAUUAUACCACCCGAUAAAAACCAUUUUUGUUGCCAGACAGAUAAUAUCCUUAUCAACACAGAUAAAUAUUUGAAUAAAGAAAUAAAUACAGAUGAAAAAGUUGUAUAUGACCAACAAGUAGACACAAAAGAUGAAAUUUCAUUUAUGAACUCUAGUGUGAAUACAGAAGAAAUAAAUACAAGUGAAAAAAGUGUUAAUACACAAAUAGAAAAUAGAAAUAUUGAGGAGAAGAAUAUUACACAUGAAUGUAUACAAACUGAUAAAAUAAAUUGUUAUAUAAAAUAUAUACAAACAAAUAAUGUUGAAAGAAAUGACAAAGAUAUUGUUACUGAUAUGUGUGGGGUACAUGAUUUUAAUAUAAAAAAAAUGAUGAUAAAAAAUAAUAUGUUAAAAAAUAAAAAAAUACAAGUAACACCUACAAAUAUGAAUGCUUAUGCACAAACUAUUAAUACAUUUUAUAAUAAUAAAAAAAAUAAAUAUAUAUAUAAUACAAGUGAUGAAUAUCAUACAGAUAUGAAAUAUUUAAACAAACGAAAUAGAAAUUAUUCAUAUAUAUCAUCCUACUAUUCUAGUAAUUCUUACAAUGAUAUAUAUAAAAAAUAUCAAUCUUCAAGUGAUCCAUAUAUAAUAAGAAAAGCAGAUGGAAAAAACCAAAAAAAAAAAAAAAAAAAAAAUCAUAUAAAAAAUGAGAAGGAUUUAAUAAAAUAUUCUUCAAGGGAUAGUAUUAUUAUGUCACAGAAUAAUAAAGAAAAAAUUAGAAAAAUGUAUAAGAAAAGAAAAGAUAAAAAUAUAUAUAUGUAUAAUAAAAAAAGUGUGCAUAGCCAAGGAAAUAAUUCAAAUAGAGAUGUAGAAUCGUUAAUAGAAAUAUUGAAAUAUUCUUCUGAUAGUAUGGACUAUGAACAAAAGGAAUAUUAUAAUAAUUUUGAUGAUUAUGAUAAAAAAAUUUGUGAUAAUAAUUUUGAUGAUUAUGAUGAAAAUUUUUGUGAUAAUAAUUUUGAUGAUUAUGAUAAAAAAAUUUCUGAUAAUAAUUUCUAUUUUGAUGAUGAUAAUUUUUAUAAUAAAUAUUAUUCUAGGUCACAUUUUCUCUACAAAAAAAAAAAGAAACUUUUACCCUCACAUACAAUUAAAUUAAAAAAUAAGUAUGUACAAACUAGCCAUUCUUUUUUGGAUGAUGAUUUUUUUUAUAACCCUAAAAAAGAUAUACAAAAUAAUAUUAAUCAUGAUAAUGAUUCAAAAGUUUUAAAAAAGAAAAUAAGAGAAUACUCUAAAGAUUUAUAUCAUACAUUAAUUUUAUGUGAGAAUUGUAAAGGCUUUUAUCUAGAUAUGUUUUUAAUAAAUAUAUUUAAUCAAUAUCUGAAUUGUUAUAAUAUUAUAAUUCAAAAUAAUAAUACAAACACUGAUACAAUAAAUAAUAUGGAUCAUUAUUUUAAUUGUGAUUCAUUUGUAAGUAACCCUAUUUCUAAUAAUAUGUAUGAAAAUAAAGACAUAGGAAAUAAUUUAAUGGUUGAAAAAAAACAAAACAAAACAAUUACAGUAACUAAAAAAUUAGAUCCUAUUUAUUGUACAUAUAAUAAUGUGAAUGAAAAUUCACAACAUAAUAAAAAUUAUAAUAUUGAAAAUGAUUCAUCCCAGAAAAAACAUGCUGAUGAUAAAUAUCAUAUAUGUUCUUCUACUCAUCAAAAUGAUGUAACUGAGAAAAUAUCUAGUUGUUAUUAUGAUCAAGAGAAUAAAAAUAAAAAAAUAUUUAAAAUUGAAAAAUAUAUAAUAAAAAAUAUUCCUUUUAAUAUACAUAUGUGUACAUGUUCUUAUGUUAAUUUGAAAUAUAAAAAGAUUCUUAUCAAAAAAGAUGAAUCUGUGAACAAGAAAAAAAAUAAGUCAAAAGUAAAAAGUAAUAAUAAAAGGAAUAAAAAUAAUAAUAAUAAUAAUAAUAAUAAUAAUAACAACAAUAAUAAUGUUGAAAAAACCAACACUCCUACUAUGAACAAUUUUAUGUGUAGUAAAAUAUUUAAUUUUAUUCAUAACAUAAGAAAAGAAAUAAAACAAAUAAAAUAUAUCAUUCAUAAUAUGUUAUUUUUUAAAGACAAUGAUCCUAUGAAACAUAUGCUUCUAAAUAAUAACAAUUUGAAUGAUAUAUCUAUGUGUUUAUUUAAUUAUAUGCAAAAUGGAAAUGAUAUUAAUAUUAAUAAUAUGAAUAAUAUGAAUAAUAUGAAUGGUAUGAGUGAUAUUAAUAAUAUUAAUAAUAUCAAUGAUGGUGAUGAUAAAUAUAAACACACACAAGAUGCCCAUAAAAAAAAAGAAUGCAUUAAUUAUAUAUCAUCAAUAGAUGUUAAAUUAUCGAGUAAUAAUAAUAUAAAUAAUUUUUAUAAUAAUGAGAGAAAUGAAUGUAAUUAUAAUAUAUUUUUUGAUGAGGAAAAACAGAAAAAUGAUAAUAACAUAAAAGAUGAUAUAAUAAUAAAUAGUUACAACAAUAAUGAUGAUAAUAAUAAAAGUAUAGACAAAUUCAAUUUUAUUAAUAUUCAUGAUGAUACUCUUAAAAAAAAAGAAAAUUAUUUUUAUAAUAAUCCACAGAAACAAAACUACGAUGAAUCAUCCUGUUCAGAAUUUUUUGGUAUCCCAAAAAAAAAUACAUCAAUAUAUUUUUAUAAAAAAGAGAAAAUUAUAAAUUUUAAAGAAUUCAUGAAAAAUUAUGAAGUGAAGAAUAUUAUGAUUUUCUUUAUUUGUUGUAUAUUUUAUUUAAAUGAAUUAUACAUACAAUAUAAUAAAUCGCUAGUCACAAAUAUUCAAACUCUUGAUGAUAAUACAAAAAAAGAAACACAUCCAGACGAAGAAAGGAGUGAAAAUUUUUACAACAACAGUGAUAAGAUAAAUAUUAAUGAGGUGGAUAAUUCAAACAAUACAAUUUAUAUAAAUGAUAAUUCAAAUAAUAAUAAAAAUUAUAGUCAUGUCAACAAUUAUUUUUACGAUCAGGUAAUUAUACCAAAAGAUAAAACAGAUAUGAAUAUAUAUACAAACAAUAUGAACCCAUUAGAUGUUUCAAUUUUUAAAGAAGCUGAAAUUAUGAUUGAAGAAUAUCGUGCAUGUCUUGAUGAAAACAAACAGACAAAUAUAUUACAUGAUAUAGUUUAUAAUAUUAUAUUAUGUAUAAAAAAUAAUUAUAAUUAUAUACAUAAUGUAUUUUUAUUAUUGAAUGAUGAUAUAACAAAAGAUAAUAUAUUAAAUAUAAAAUAUAUUUAUAAAUUAAUAGAUAAGUAUUCAAAAAUAGAUAUAUAUAUAAAACAUAUUAACGAUUGUUGUAAUGAAAAAAUAAGAAAUACAGAAAAUAAAUUUAAAGAAAUCAUUUCAAACAAAGAAGAUCUGAUAAAUAUUCAUAAAGAAAAUAUUAAAAAUAAAAUUAAAUUAAUUGAAGAAAAAGAUUUAAUUAUUAAAGAUCUAAUAUUAGAAAAAAAUAUUUUAAUCAAAGAUAAAGAAAUUACAAAUAAUUUAUUAAACGAACUUACAGAGGAAAAAAAUACAUAUUUUAAUAUGUAUAUGAAAUGUCAUCAAAAAUACACAACUAAUAAUAAAAAUAUAAUACUAAAAGAUGAUAAAAAGGAAUAUAUAUAUAUAAAUGAUGAACAUAAUAAUAAUCAUGACAAAAUAAAUAAUUGUAUAAAUAAAAUUAACAAACUAAAUCAUGAAAUUAUAUUAUUAAAAAAAAAACAAACAGAUAAAAAUACAAAUGUGGUAAUAACUAAAAGAAAAAAGAAAAAUACAGCACCUUCUAUGUGUUCAUAUAAGUCAUUAUUAUCGUCACCAUCAUUGUCAUCACAAUCAUUAUCAUCAUCUAAAAACAUUUAUCAGUUCAAUCAAACAGAUAAUCAAAGUGUUGAAAAUACAGAUUCAAAUAUCAUUAUAGAUGAUAAUAAUUCAAAUACAAAAGAAAAAAAAAAAAAUUCUGUAACAAGUAUUAUUUUAAAAGAUCAAACUGAUGAAUUAAAAAAUUUCCAUAUAAAUGAAAAUAUCUCAUCUACAAUAAAUAUGAAAAAAAUUAAUAAAAUCUUAUUUCUUUUAAAAGAAAAAAUUAUCCUUUUUAUUUUCUAUAUAUUUAAAAAGGUUUAUAAAAAUGCUUAUAUUAAUAUUACAUAUAUUAAACAUUUUUAUACACAAAUUAUAAAUAUUUUUAUUAAUAUACCCAGAUAUAUUUGUUCUUCUUUCAUAUUUGUAAAAGAAAAUGAAAUAAAUUAUAAUAUAUAUAUUAAAAAAAAUAAAAAUCAUAAAUUAUAUGUACACACAAAUAAUAGCCACAUCCUACAGCUAACUGAUCAUAAUUCUUCAUUAAAUAAACAAAAAAUUAAUGAAAAAAAAAAAAAAAAAAAAAAUGUACAACGGCCUAUAGCAAAACUGUCUGAUGAGGAUUCAUCUAGCAGUGUAUCUCUGUUCUUCGAUUUUUAA